UUUACCACACGCCGACGGUUCUAUAGCACUACAGCGAAAACUUCCCCCUUCUGCCUGGUAAAGCACAGCGUCGUCUCUCGCCCGCGCGGGCAUAUGGACCCCCAUGUCGGCGCGGCGGUUCCCGGGGAAGUCGGACCGUGGUCCUCCCUGGCGUGAGGAUCUCGAUCGAGUGGAUGGACCUUGUCGCGCGGCUCGCCGUCCGGGUCGAGUUGGUCAACGCGUGUUUUCUCCUCCUGCGCUGCUUGGGUUGUCGAGAUGGUGCGGGGCACACCACCCGUCGAGGGAAAUGGUUCUUCUACCGUAUUCCUGGUCGUCGUCGAUAUCAUGCUCGAUUCAUUUUUCUCGGGAAGGCGCGUUCGGGGGUGGAAUGGUCCGAGGAUUCCGGGCGGGGCGACUGCGUUCUGAUCUUGCUUGAUUGUCUGAUGUGCUGUCUCGGCCAGUUUCGUGGGUGGUUGAUCUGAGGA